UGUGUCAAGAUCAAUAUCAUUUUUCUUAUCCGAACUCCAUUCAACUGUCCCAACAAACACACACAUCGAUCGCCAUGCUAGCUUUGUCUCCUCCUCCAUUUUCAACCUUUGGGUGGCCAUCAGAGGAUCUCACAAGCCAUGUGCACUGCGAUUUUUUCCCCGAAUUAGCAGGAACUUCAGAUCGUCAUUCCUUUCUUCAUCACUCUCCUCCUGAUCUAUCUCAGGCUACGGCCGGGAUCGGCGAGUUCAAGAGAUCUGAAGUUGCCGGUGACGCGAUGAAGGCGAAGAAACUUAACCACAAUGCCAGCGAACGCGAUCGUCGCAAGAGGAUCAACAGCUUGUACUCUUCCCUCCGUUCGCUCCUUCCGGGGUCGACUGACCAAUUGAAGAAGUUAAGUAUCCCAGCCACAGUUUCUCGGGUACUAAAAUACAUACCUGAGCUACAAAGGGAAGUGGAAAGAUUGGUUCAGAAGAAGGAAGAGCUGACAUCAAGAAUUACCAGGCAAGAAGAUCUUGUUCAUCGCGAAAGGCGAAUAAAAUGUUCUACUCGAAGCUCGUUGUCUGCAGUUUCAGCAACUCCAUUAGGAGAUGGAGAAGUUGUGAUUCAGAUUUGCACUGCUAAGGCCCACAAAACUCCACCAUCUGAGAUUUUGCAGCACUUGGAGGAGGAUGGACUGCUUCUGUUAGAUGGCUCUUAUUUUGAAUCCUCUGGAGAAAGAGUUCUCUACAAUCUGCAUCUUCUCCAGGUGCAAGGAACGCAAAGAGUGGAGUUUGAAAUGCUGAGGGACAAACUGUUGUCAUUGUUUGAGAAGAGGGAAGCACUCUUUCCAUGAAUGUUGGCCAUGGACAAUGUGCAUGUAACCGGGUUCUUAUGGUAAAUUAAUUUGUAAUCCUAAUUCCUAAGUUGAAGAAUAUUGUAAAUGUAUUAGUGCUGAUUAAUCAAGUAUGAAUAAAGAUAUGCGAUCUGAGAUUAUACAAAAA